AUGGAGCGUCUGAAGUUGGUGCUGCAGUACUUCCAGUCUAACUCCGAGUCCAUCUCCAACGGCAUCUGCAUCAUACUGGCCUUGGUCAGUGUCAAACUCUACACCAGCUUCGACUUCAACUGCCCGUGUCUGCCGCAGUACAACAGGCUGUACUCUCUGGGCGUCAUGCUGGUGCCCCCCAUCAUCCUCUUCUUCCUGGGGAUGCUGGUGAACCGCCACACAGGGGUCAUGAUGGACGAGUGGCUCCGGCCUGAGGGACAGCGCUCCAAAAACCCAGCUGUUGUCAAGUUCCUGUUCUCAGCCAUGCUGCAGAGGGCGAUGUUAGCUCCAAUGGUUUGGAUCUUGGUCACUCUUUUGGACGGGAAGAUCUUGAUCUGUGCCUUCAGCGUCAGCGUGGACCCCCACCUCUUCUCUGGUUUCCCAAACAACACUGGGCUGGACGUCAUUAAGAUCAUGGCAAUGGUUCCAUGUAAAGACAACAUCUUUGGACACAGUUCUUUCAGAAAGGCUGUGACCAGAUAUGUGCGCUGCUAUUCUCAGGCUGUGGGCUGGUCCAUCCUCCUCUUCUUCAUUGUAUUGGGGUCUCUCGCUCGUCUUAUCAAACCGUUCUUUGAUGAUCACGCCAGGUUCCUGCAGACGCGCUACUGGAGCAACUACCUGGAUGUGGAGCAGAAGAUGUUUGACGAGACCUGUGUGCUUCAUGCACGAGACUUUGCAAGGAAGUGUGUGGUGCAGUUUUUUGAGGAAAUGAGAGAGGAUUCCGUCCCAAUGCUGGACAGGCCAUACUUCAGUGUGAGCACAAAAGACGACUGGGACUGUGAGGAUGAAGACCGGCUUCACGGCGUCACCAGGCAGGAGCAGAUGGACAAACUGCUCGACAAGUGGUUCUGCAGCAAACCACAGCUAGAUGUGAGGCGCAUUGCAAACCGCCCAAGACUCUGUCCAGGUUGCAGCAAGAGGAGUCUCAGCUCUGAGGUGUAG